UGAAAUCCCUUUUUUUAUUAUUUUUUUUCAAAACCGAAACAAGACGUACAAAGUAAGGUCAAUAGCCGUCCCAAAGGUAUUCGCGAUAACAUUUUGUGGUUACGACUACACGUCGCGAGCACCCGACCCUGUCUGCUAGAACUGUCUUUACUCCAGCCUGAUUUGUUUUAGUCGUCAUUACAAACACUAUGGCAGCCUGCUUCUUGUUUUCAUCCAUCACGCAACAAGCUGGGAAGCGAUUAUGCAAGAACCCAAGUUUUUAUUUACCGCUUUUAAAGGUAAAACUUUUGAAACAUAUUUAAAAAAAAAAAUGAAUUUGGUGAUUUAUUCUCUUUAACUUUUUGGAGAACAAGAAUUUCAAGAAAGGUUAAACUAAAUGACCGCACCACGACCCCCAUUUUCGUCUUUACUAAGACAAUUAGCCAAACUGAAGUGUUAUUACAGGAUAUAAAAAUUAAUUAUAAGGUGAAUAUUUAAAACUUAUUUCGGUCACUACUCAUCUAGUAAGACUUAAUUCAGUUGACUAGCUAGUAGUAGUACUAUCUAGUUGCUAAGUUGGUAGCAUCAGAAAUUGUAGUAAGAAAUAUUUUAAUUAUUAUUUAAAUAUUUUUUUUAAAAUAUUCAUUCUGAAAAAUGUGUAACCUAACUUAACCCCUAUUAGAUUUUACUUUAGUAUUAUUACCUGGCUUUAACUUUAGGCUAACAUUUUUAAAUUUUCUAUAACUAAAAUUAAUUUUAAAUUCCUAUCCUCUGGUUCUAGUUUAGUAAAUUGGGUUAUUGGACUUGAAACCGACCUCUACUCCUAAAGUAACCUUUGACACCCCUCUUCCAAAUCUAUCACCCAAUACUGUUCAAAGUCCACAUAAGAUUACAAGGUACCCAGGUAGUGUAUCAUAAAUAAAGGCGAAUGGGCAUGUCAUAAGUUACCACUCAGUAGUCAGUAGUGAUCUGGAUCUCUUAUCAUAUUUUACAAUAUUAUUUAUAACCUAGUAACCUACCAGAUAUAUCAAAUUUAAAGGUUAGGCCCUCUCAUUUUAGGCAAAUUUCUUUAUAAAGCUGACAAACAUUCAACUAUGAAAAAACCUUUCCUUUUUUUUUCUUGAAAUAUUUUCCCCAGUAACUUUACCCAUUAGAUUAAUCUCAUGAAAUAUGUUUUGCUAAUUUAAUAGCUCAUUUAAAAAUAGAGUCAUCUUGGAUUGUUUUAAUUUAGUCUUGCAGAAUUCAUUCACAAUCAAAGGCAUAAUUUUAAUUUUAUGGCAUCCCAAAUUAAUUUUAGAUUCCUUGAAACUUUUGAAUCAUAGUGAAAAACUAAUUAUAGAGCAUGUUUCACUUCUUAUCCUGUAGGCCUAUAAAGUGUCCCAGAAAUUGCUGGAUCUUUGCAUUCCUAAUUUAUCAAAUCUGAUAAGAAAAAAAAAUUGUAUAAGAGACCUUUGUUCCCCUUUAAAAUGUGAAAUAUAUAUCAAUAUGUAACAUCUUUGAAGGACAGUAAAUGCCCUUGCUGUUUUAAGCUAUUGCACAUUGUAAAAGAUAUGUGCUAGUUUUUUUUGUAUUGUGUGUGUGUGUCUGAAAGCAAGCUUCAUUUAAUUAAAUUUCUAUUCAAAUAUUUAAAAAAAAAUUUUUUAUUGCUCUGAAAAGGAAAAAGGUUUAGAAUCUAGUAUUAAAUGGCUGAUCUGCCUUGUUCAAUAGCCUUGUUUUCUAAUGUGGUGAUAAAUAAAUUCCAGUAAAGUAAGUAUGGUUUGAAAAGAAUUAAGUGGUCCCUACGACUCACCUUGAGCUCAGUUGGCCCAUUGUUAGUUUGAAGAAAAAAAGUAGGUCUAAGUACUUUAAGAGAAUCAAAACAGUCUUAUCUUUAACACAAAAAAGGGAGACAUUGACUUUUACUUCAAAAAAAAAAAGUAAAACUAAACAGAGAAGGAGAACGUUAAAAAAGGAUUGAGUUGGGAGGCAAUGGUUGUGAAGCGAAUUAAGAGAUUCAAUGAUGUCUUAAGAAAAUGAAGUAGAAAGGAAUAGAUUAAUAAAAAAUAAAUUGUGAAACCUUGGAAUGGAGAGCAACCCUAUGGUGCAAUGGGAACAUGCCUGCCUUGUGGUAGCAUGUCUGUCUCAUGGCAGCAUGUCUGUCUCCUGAUGUGAGAGUCUAUCAACCUUAACUUCACCUCCUACUCUUAACAAUGCCUUCCCUAAAAUACCAGCAACUUCCGCCCAUCCUAUAAGUUACCUUAACCACAAUGGAGCUCUGUCCUGUACCCCGCCCCAGUCAUUUGUGACAACAGUGUAUAUACUUGUGUUGGAGGGAGUAGAUCCAAAAGCAUAAUUCAAUUCUCUAUAUCAUCAAUAUAUUAGAUUAGCCUAGAAAAUGUUUAAAGUUCAGUGGUGAUACAGAGAAGUGAGUUCUGAUUAUAAACAUAAAUAUAAUCAUGACAUAAGUAUUAGUUCAUGAUUAAUUUGCAUUUUUGGAGAAGAAAAAUCAAUUAUUGUGGGUUUUUUUGGUUUCUAGGUCUCAGAUGCCAAAUUUUCGUCCACUCCUAAACAUAACGUCAAAUUUUAUGACUCUGCUCAAGAAGCUAUUGGUGACAUAAAUGAUGGAGCUAAGCUUUUGGUGGGAGGUAUGAAUUUUCUUAAUUUCAUUAUUUAAAUUCUGUUCCUCUUCAAGAAGAGUAAAAUUUAUUCAAGCUUUUUACUUAAUCAUUUUAAAAAUAAUCUCAUUUUAUCAGUGAUUUAGUCACAUUUGUUAAAAACAGCUUCAGUUUAUUUAUUUUUCCAAAUUUUUGUGCAGGCUUUGGGCUCUGUGGUAUUCCAGAAAACCUGAUAGCUGCCUUACUUCAGAAGAAGACCAAAGGGCUAACAGUUGUUAGUAACAAUGCUGGUGUUGAUGACUUUGGUCUAGGACUUCUUCUAAAACAGAAGCAGGUGUGUUCUUGUGCUGAGUGACAUCAAAGGCUCAUAAAGCACAUUUUAUUGGUACAGCAGAUUAAUAAGCUACAUUUUUUUUGUGUGGAAUUGAUGGAAAGUUUUCAUUAAAAAUUAAAAAUCUCAAAAUGAGACUGAUCGUGAGCUAGUUAAUCAAAAAUAAAUUUUGUUUGUAAAAUUUUGAUACAACUGUUAGUGCCAAAGCAGAGUAAGGUAUGGGAAUAUACAAAUUUUUUUGAAAUACAACACCCACUAGCUGUGCUGUAAAAGUUAAAUAUGUUCUAAUUUUAGAACUUCAAGGGACAGCUUGGUGAACAUUGUUCUAUUCUUAAUAACAAUUUUGAUAUAUUGUUAAACACUUUUCAUUUUUUAAAAUUUGUUGACCUUAAUUGCAUAAGUUAAAGGGAGAAGUUAGUUGAUCAUGCAUUGAAUAAAGUCCUAAAAAAGUGAUAUUGAAAUUGACAAUGACACACCCAUCACACAAAAGUGACAUCUUCUAUGGGAAAAGUUGGGGUCACCAAGGGGCUACAGCAUAUUCCUAGGUGCUAACAAUAUAUUUUUUCAUUUUCAGAUCAAGCGUAUGAUAUCUUCAUAUGUUGGAGAGAAUCAGGAAUUUGAAAGGCAGUAUCUAUCUGGGGAAUUAGAAGUUGAGCUUACUCCCCAGGUAAAAAUCUUAAAUAAUCAUCAGAUUAUCAUAAAUCAAUCAUAAAUUAAAUUAAUAGAAAAAUCACAUCCUCUUUACAAGCUCCCAAUUUUUGAAAAGUUAUAAAAAAAAUAUUUCAAAUUACUUUAUAUACACUAUUCUAUUUUUUUAAAUAUAUGAUAGGGCAUACAAAAUGCAUUAUCACUUCAAUUUACCUUUCUGUUACUAUGUUGUGUAAAUUGGGGAUGGGUAACUCUGAAAUAGUGAUACUAGAGUAAUUGCUCUGUUUCAUAUGAAGAUAAGCUUUACUCGGAGCAGAAGAGCUAAAUUUUACCACUGAAAAAAUGUUAAGUCAUGUUUGAAAAUAAAGAUUUCCAUUGGACACAAUAUUUAAUCAAAAGGCAAGAUGACAAUAUAGGACAAAAAGUGUAACUUUUUGUUGAAACUGGUUGUUGCAUCAUACAGUGCAGUGGUUUUCCUUUGGGAAACAAAUUCCUGCACUCAUAUGCUUAUCAUUUUUGUCUAUUUUUAGCUGUAUAUUUUUGUUAAUGAUUGUGAGGUUGUUGUUUUUUUUAUUCAGGGUCAUACGAUCUUUCUUAUCUUUGUACUUUUCUAAUUGUAUUUGAUUACCUAAAAAUAACUAAAUGAAAUAUAGUCAUUUAAAAAAAGAAAUUUAUGGGAAUAUACACGUUAUAUACACAUAUUUACCCUUAUAGUACAUGGGGGGGGGGGGGGCAUUGGAUUAGUUGAGGCCUCUUGACAAAUGACUAUGCAUGCUAAAAUUCUGACAGUCAUAGAAACAGAAAAAAAUGUUGCUUAUGUAAGGACUACAAAAACAAUUUGGGGGGGGGGGGGGCAUUGGAUUAGUUGAGGCCUCUUGACAAAUGACUAUGCAUGCUAAAAUUCUGACAGUCAUAGAAACAGAAAAAAAUGUUGCUUCUGUAAGGACUACAAAAACAAUUUGCAUAUGUAGUGCCUGGUCAAUUAACCCAUAUGGUUAUGUGUCAAUUAUCUACAGACCAAGCUGGAAGUUCCACACGGGUAUAAUUUUCAUUGUUUCAUUUGAGAGCCAAAGUAUUAAUAACUUUCUUUUAAUACUAACAUAUGGACGGUGUGUUUUCUAAAUUAGUUUAUUAGUCAAAAUGAAUAGAAAUUAAUUGAAUUCAAAUAAAUUUUCUAGAUUGCUCAUCAUCCAUCCAUCCCUUCCAAAUUAAAAAAAAAAAUUGUAAAUGUUAGCUUUCCUACGAGGUUAAAUGAAUAAUCAAUAUCAAGGUCAUUUAGAAAUAUCUGAAAAGUAUUUAAAUAUUCAAAAAUAUAGUGUUGAAUUCAGGAGUCAGUUUAUUUUCCAAGUUUGUAUCAAAGUCAAUUUUUUUAUAUUUUCAAAGUUAUUUUAAAGGUUAUCUCCAUACUUUUGCAUAAAAUUUCAAAAUGCCCAAGUACCCUACUCUAAUAUGAGUUUGAUAAGAACUAGGGGUGUGCCGGAAUCCGGUUCCGCCGGAUUUUGCACUAUCCGGUGAAAUCCGGUUCCGCCGGAUUUACGUGUAUCCGGAACAACCGGAAUCCGGAAUAUACCGGAUUUCGGAAUUUGCCAGAUUUUGUGACUCACCGGAUCAUAAUCUGAAAUAAAAGUAAUUCUCUUUCCCGAAUUCCACACGAUCACGAUACAUUAAUCGAUUGUUUCGAGCGUUGAGCUUGUUUAAUGUUUAAUAUUCCGAACAUACCAGAGGCUAGAGUCAGCACCGCUAAUAGUGGCCAAUCAGCCCAAUCCCAUACAUGAUAGUGCGGGGAUGAGUAAUUAUUAUUCGUGACGUCAUCUUAACCGCAAUCACCAAUGACGUUGUAACAGAAAUAAUAAGCAACUAUACUGCCCAAGCGCCUGGCCGCCAGCCCGCCACCUUACCGAGCACGGCAGACGACCAUCAAAUUGCGUCAAGCCAGCAGGCCUGUGCUGACCUAGCCUAUCUAUGAAUACUUUUAGGGACACACACUGAUCGACCUGACGUCAGUCUGCUUAGCAAUUAGUCAUUGGUGCAGAGAUAUAGAUUACCCGUACUGCCCUGCGGAGCUGUCUCCUCACCAGGCAUAAUAAUAAUAACAACAACAUAGAAACUUAUUAUGCGCCAAAUUACAGUGAAACAAUUAAGUGAUCUCCAACGAGGUAUAAAUUUUUACUAGAGUGCUCGUGUAAACAAAAAAAGUGAUUGCGCAAUCUCUGAUUGGCUGGUCGGUUACCACUUGAUUACCUAACGCGAUAGAAAUUUAUCUCAGUUUUUAAAAUUUACCGUAAUUUUAAUUCAUAUUUUGAUUUAUAUUAUCGUUCACUCAAUUGUUAAAAAUGCGUAUCAUUUUUGAGUAAUAAUUAACAUUACGUUAGCGGUCUAGUAUAAAUUUAAAGGUCUUUGGUGAUCUCUAUGUCACCAAGCCAUCUUCGGCGAUUCUCGCUUGCGCUAUGAUCUGUGCUCUUUGGUUUAAACGACGGUAUGACGAAGCCGCGGCGCUCAGCUGUUACAAAAUAUUUCGCCAUAUUGAAUGCUUGAAAUUGGAGUGGAGUUUAUAAUUUAAAACUUUAUAACGGUAAUUUAUAAAAUUUAUCUCAUUUUCGAAGCUAGUUCAAGCUACAAUUCUAAAUAAUUUUCAAUUUAGUAACGAAUUUAAAUUCAGCCGUGGGACCAUCAUGGCUUCGAAUGUGGGUAGCGGGAGCGGGACCAAGACCAGCAAGAUAACUUAUUAUCAAUCUGCGUUUUAUUCUGAUUUCAGUGAUUUCUGAAUAAUUUCUAUUUUCUAAUUUAUUUCCAAGUUCUUCACUUCCAACUUCCAAUCAGCCAAUGUCAUUUAGCCAUUUAGGCCAACUGUUCAGAAGGCAUCCAACCCCUCAGAUUUACCGGUAUCUGCAAAGUACCAAAUUCCGGAAUCCGGGAGAAUCCUGAUUAUUCCGGAAUCCAGAUCCGGCGGAUUUCGCAUAAGAAAAUCCGGAUCCGGUUGUAAAAAACGGAUCCGGCACACCCUAAUAAGAACCACAUAUUUAUGAAAAAUAACUAAUUUAUACAUACAUAUUUUACAUGAUUUUUUCAAAUAAGUAACAUCUAUUUUUUUAGAUUUACUUAUUUUUUUCUAGACAAAUAAUUUAAAACAUGCUGAAUUUCUCAUUACAAGGGGACUUUGGCAGAAAAGAUUCGGGCUGGUGGUGCUGGAAUUCCAGCAUUUUUUACACCAACUGGCUUUGGAACACUGAUUCAUCAAGGAGGGGCUCCAAUCAAAUACACCAAGGAUGGAAAAAUUGAAAUUGCCAGUAAGGAAAGAGAGGUAAGCCAAUAUUUGAUAGAAUUAUAUAGGCAUUAAUUGCUUGACGUGUCAGUGCGGAACUAAUUUGGUUAAUUAAUGUCUUUUAUGCUUUUUUUGUAACUCACUUUUGUUAAUUACGUUUAAUUUGCUCAAACCAAGUUAAGUUAACUACAAAUGUAGAAAGAUUAUUUUUAUGACAAAAUUAUGACCCAGGGAAUCUUUUAUCCUUCAUAAAAUUUUAGUAAAAAAAAUUGCUCCCCUACAUUUGUUUGCUCAACCCUUUUUUCUUGUUCUGAACUUAUCAGUUGUAACUAUUUUGAUAAGAUUACAGCUAUUUUGGGGUAGCUCCAUUUUUUUUUCACCAAUAGGCCCCAGUUCUUCAGACUUUUCCUUGGUCUCUGUCCAUUUGGGAAAUGCUUUUCCUCAUGGUUUCCUCAUACUGAAGCCUUCUAAGCAGAUUAUUUUAUUUUUAAUCGGGUUGAUAACUUAAUAGCUGGUUCAAUGGAUCUAUUGCUAGCUCUUUUUACUCAAAUAUUGUUUCAGAUUUUAAUUUAGUAGUAUUGACAUAUUAUUGUAUAAAUGAUUUAGUUUUAAUUUUGGGCAGUAUAUAAUACAUACAUAACUAGACAAAAAUAACAUGUCUGCCGAAAAUACAUCAAAAUUUGACCUUUUUAUAUAUAUUAUAUUGUCACUGUGAACAUUUAAGUCACAUUUUUUCAAAAAUGCUUAAAUAAAAAUUUAUUAUUAAGAUCUAGUGCUUCUCCAUUUCCUGUAAAAUAUUUUUUUUAGAAUUGUAUUAUUGGAAAGUACAUUUUCUAUUGCAUGAUCUAACCAAAUAAUAUAAAAUAUAAAUAUAUAUAUGGCCAUGUUAUUAUAUUAGUGCAAUGGGGUUACAGCAGCACUUUGAAACCUUACAAGACAUUAAAACUAUUAGCUAGCAUUCUCUGACACCCAAAUUUUUUUUUUUUAAGUUGCCUUUUUCAGUCCCAUUUUAUUUUUGCAGGCAAAUUUUAUUUCCAUUGAUUAUGAUAAUAAUGGUUCCUUUAUUAGUACCAAUAUCAAUAUUUUGUGAUGCACUUGUGAAAUUUUUGGGACCCACCUGUGUGUUGAGGCACAUCUUUCUCUCCCUCAGCUGCACAGAUCUUUCAACAGUUUUUAUUAAUUUUUUAAAAUAAUUAUAAUAUUACUAAUACUAUUAAACCUUAAUAAUUAAAACAUCUGUUUACUAUGUGUGGUGGGAUGGUCUUGCAGUGUGGUGUUCCAACAUGCAUACUUGUUGCCAGCAGCUCUAAACCCACCAAUACCAGAAAACAAAUCAAGACAAAUCCACGAACUUUGGUUUAGAUGGGGCCCCUCAAUCUUUUUCGGUGGUUCUCUGGUAGAGAAGGAAAACCCCAACCACAAACCUCUAAUAGAGAAUCCCUCAAUGAGGGAUCCUUUUAGGCACUGGUAGUAUGAAUUCGUGCAAAAAAUUCUAGUAUGCAUGCUAAGUGGAAUCAUUCAUUUGAAAUGCCUUUGGUUUCACCAGCUGACUGGGAAACAUUUAAUUUUCAAUUGAACCCUCUCAACCGUCAUAGUUUUGCCAGAACCCCAAACAUUACUAUUGUGGCCACAACACAAAUAUAAACAUGGAGGCUUUGAAAGGAAUGGAAUAUAAUAAAGGUCUUAUUCUCUGAUUAAAAUCUGAUUUGAAAUAAAUCCACUAUAUAUUCUUUGCAUCAUCCAUCUGAUUCAUUGUGUUAUGAUUUGUAAACAGUUCAGUAGUAGUUAAAUGAUUGGAAUACUUCUCUAUCUACACCAUGGUCACCAAUUUUUUUUUUAAAUUAAAAACCAGCACAAUUAAAAUCAUUUUGCAACAAAAAAAUGUCCAAAAAUACAUGGAAAACUCUUCUGUCAGUGAGGGGUUAUAAACCUUGAAUGACAGGCCAGGACAAAGGUCUAAAAAAACAGUACUAUCCUGGUGAAUAAUCACCUUUAUCAAAACUUGUAGAACUGAGAAAUUUAAGUAUUUUAGUCAAGAUGCUGAAGUGUUGUGCAAAUUCUGUUCCAUGGUAGGUACAGCCUUAGAGGGAGCGUCCAUUAAUUACGACAACAAUUUUAAAAGCAAUUUUUUUUUAUCCGCUGUGGAAAUUCUCAAAUUAAUUUAGCAAUGUCAUUGAAUUAUAAAAUGAUGUGCUCAGAAGUUUAAUCUUUUAGUGCGGUUAAAAAAAAAAGAAGAAAUAAAAUAAAAAUUUGUUAAAUCAACAACAAAGGACAAUAGGAAUUUAUGUUUAUAACAAUAAAAAGUAGGAUAAAUCCAGGUUUUCAAUACUUGUACUUCUUAUCUAACGAGUGUCAAGCCAGCUGCAAUCAAACCACUAUUUCUAUAUAUUCAUAACAGUCAACAGUCUCUUAUCAUUGCAGGACCUUUAUCAACCCUAUAAUAGUAUUGGGCUUAACAUACUAACAAUUAUUGCUAGCCUAUAUUUGUAUUUCUUAUGUGUAUGAGUCUCUGGACAUUUUUGUUGAUUUUAUGACUCAUAAACUCCUUAAUAUAUUUUAUCAGUGUACAAUCAUAUACCAGAUAUAAUAUCUCCUAGUCCAUUUUACUUCCUUUUCCAAAGCAAAGGCUUUUUGUGUGCUGUUUAUUUUUGUUGAUUCAAAAUCAUUUUAUAAAAGGUCAUUCACGUCAACUAACAUUAAAUUAAUUAAAUAUGGCAUGGAAUAUUCUUAAUUUAGACCCCCACAUUUCCGUUGCAACCCUACUUGAGACACCCACUCCAUUCCUUUAAAUUAUGCAUUCUUUCAAAGAGGGCUCACUACCCCACUACCCCCCUCCCCGUACAAAAAAAAAUCUAUUUACAUGUAUUUAUAAACCAUGACGUACACACGACAAUUUAAUUGAAGCCAUGACUUCCUAAACCAGUAUUUCCCAACGUUUGGGGUACGCUCCACGGGGAGGCAAUUUGAAGAUUAUAGAUAGGACAGUGGUUCUCAGCCUGUGGGUCGCGAUCCCUUUGGGGGUCGAACGACACGACCCUUUCACAGGGGUCGCCUAAGACCUUCGGAAAACACAAACUCUACAGUUAUGAAGUAGCAACGAACAUAAUUUUGUGUAUGGAGGGUCGCCAUUACUCGAGGAACUGUAUUAAAGGGUCACGGCAUUAGGAAGGUUGAGAACCACUGUUAAAGGAGGAUGUCAUUUAGUUUCUGGGACAGUGGCAAGUGGCGCGUGUUUGGGGGGAGGAGGGUUGUUUGUUUAAUUUAAAUGUUCCUCUAAAAGAGAAAGCACUAAAGCGAAUCAUUAAGACUAAGACUAAGAAGACAUUUAAGUAACGAUUUGAAUUUGAAUUCUCAGAUAUCUCAACUAUAAACUGACUAAACUAAAACACUUAAAUGCAGUCGUAUGAUAUAAUGUGAGCUGUUGACUUUGAUACAUAGAAUAAGUUUAAUUUUUAACUACGCUCAUAUUUUCAAUGUCCUAAAAAAGUAAAUUGGGUCAACAACCAAGACGAAAAUUUAAACCAUGGAAUAAUAUUGUUUUGUACAUUUUCGUCUUUUUAUAAUGGCAAAUUUUUUAAUAAUCCAAAGCCAGUUGAGUUAUCGUUCGUGUGGAAAAUAAAAGAUGGCGCAUGAUUUGUCAUUGUUAUUUUGACUCAUGGUGUUGAUGUGUCACGGUGAUCAAUAAUCUAUUAAUACACAUUGAAGAGAAACUUUAUUGGUUUUCACGAUGCCAAUCCGUGAUAGGUUUUACGAGCUUCAGCAGCAGAGAGAGCUGCUGGAAUUAGAAAAUAAGUCAGGAAAAGAUUCAACCAGUUCAAAGAAAAAGAUGGACGGCGGAAAAACAAUGCAGUCGUUCCUCACAGCAGCUAGUAAAAUCGAGGCGGAGUUGAAUAAAAUGAAGACAGAUGUUGCGGAAAUAAAGAAACUACAGCAGGAUAUGCUUAGUACUCCAUUUCCUGAUAAAAAUAAUGUGGCGAAAUACGAGUCUCUUGGAGAGCAAGUUCGCUUUGAUGCAACAAAAAUUGGUGGAUCCUUAAAAGAACUGGAGAAAAAAUAUGAUGGGCGUGACCUUCCUGAAGAGAGUGCUUUUAAACGAGUAAGAACUCAACAACUUAACACUCUCACUGCUGAACUUAACAUUUCAACAAAUGAAUUCUUUAAAAUUCAAGCUGACUAUAUGGAUAAAAUGAAAAAGCGAUUAAGAACUCAGAUGAAAGCCCGUGGGGAUUCAAUUGAUGAUUCAAAAAUAAAUUCUCUUCUCGAUCAUGAUUCAUAUUCUGUAUUUACUGACAAUUAUAUAUCUGAUGUACAUGAUGCAGAACAAACCCUUAGGGAUCUUGAUGAAAGGAAGAAAGACAUUCUAGCUCUAGAAAAAAGUGUUGCAGAUGUGAACCUCUUAUUUAAAGAAAUGAACUUACUAGUUUCAACACAAGGUGAGACUCUAGAUACCAUUGAAAGUGCUAUAGAUAAUACAGCUGUGCAUGUGGAAAGUGGAAAACUAGAACUUGUCAAAGCUGAGGAAUAUCAACACAGGGCGCGUAGAAAGAAAUUCUGUAUUAUUGGCAUUGUAUUAAUUGUUGUGAUUAUUUUGGCUCUUAUUAUUACAGUGUCUGUUGUAACGUCUAAAUAGGAUAAUACAUUGUCAUUUUGUGCUGCUUUUUCAUUGAUUAUAAAGUUUCAUUUGUUUUUAAUUCAUGAAAUAACUCUCUUAGGUUUAUCUUAACUACAGUUAUCUAAAAGAAAUGUAUAGUUUAUGCUGUAAAAUAAGGCAGUAGCAGUAUUUAAUUUUUUCUUCAUUACAACCUUAAGUUUUAUAUUUUUAAGGUUUCAAUUUUAAGAAAUUCUUGUUUAAAUUGUGCAUUGGUGGGUAAAAGGAAAUAAUGAUAUGGCUAAAUAAAACGCAAUAGCUUAAGUGUUAUGCAGUUUUCAAUUGGCUUCUCAUCAGAUGUUUUUGCAGUUUGAAAUUCAUAUUUAUCAAUGUUAAUUAUUUUUUUAAAAUUACUUAUAUGCUUGUAGCUAGCAUUUAAUUCAGUUAAGAGUUAAUUGAGAUAAAAAAUGUAUCCAAUAGUCAUAGCCAUAAACAAGGUAGUACUGUACCGGUACCAAAAGUUUCAUAUUUUUUAUCUAAAGAAACAUAAUAUAUAAGAUAAUUUUUAAAAAACAACUCUGAAAUAUACAUUUAUUUUACUGUAAUUAAAACUCUUGAUAUCUGGUACUGAGCAGUUUGAAACCAUUAAACGUCAUUUUUCUAUGCACUUGCUUUACCAGCAGUACCCUUGCCUUAUCAAACCAAGGCAUGUGUGAAUAUGAUAUGGCCUUGUAAUUUUAGCAUUUUUAAAAAAAAUCACUUUCUGGGGUCUAGCACUUCUGUUUUUUUAACAAAUACUGUUGUUUGCAUAAAAUUAAUAACUUUAUUUGUGUAAGUCGUUUUCAGUAAAUAAAAAAACAAUUAAAAUGUUCAUUUAGGCCUAGCUAUUUUAUAUAUUGAAACUGAAAUCAAAUAUAUAUAUUGGCUGCAGAAAUAGGAUGCAUUUUUUUUAAUGCUGUAUAUUAAUGUAAGUGGAGAACGGUUAUGUCAAUCAGCUUUAACACCACAGAAGCAGCCAUAGUGGCUUAUGCUCUGCCAUUAUGACAGUUGGGUUAAUUAUUGACAAUUUUUUAUUAUAAGUAAUAUACCAUUUUGUACAUAUAUGAAUUUUCUUAAAGUUAAAUCUAAAACAAAAUUUUCUUAAUAUUGUUAAAUUAUUAUUUACAAGAGACAAGCAUUAAAAAAUUAUUUUAAAAUGUGCCAACUUAUCAGACUUAUCUUCAACUUUUGAGUUUCCUAAACAUUUAAAUAUAAUUAACAUUUCUAAUAAUUUAUGUAAUCACAUCUACACCAAAGUCACAAUUGAAUAACCAUAUAUAAAACUUAUUUACAGUAUGUUUGCAUUUGGUAACCAUAUCACUAGUUGCAACUACCUGGUACCCAAAAUACAAUAAUAUGGGGAAACACAUUUUUUUUGUUUAUAUUCUGACUGUUCCGUAUGAUUUUUUAAUCAACUUAAUGUCAGUAAAUUAAAACUUUAAAACGAAAGAAAGAAUGUAAAUAUAUAACUAGUUUUACUAUCAAACAAAAUGACACUCACUCACAGCAGAUCCUGGCCAUGAUAGAAGUAGAAGUGUUUGGCGCUACCAGUUGAGAUUGAGAGCACAAAAAUAUCUGUUAAUUUCUCUAAUUUGAUAAAGUCAUCUGUUUAUUUUCUAGAUUGUCUUUCAGGAAUGUAAUAUGACCAUUAAUGUCUAGCCUAUGACUAUGAUUACCUUAAUGUCAAUAGAGACAUGUACAUAAUAAUGUAUGUAAAGACCUGCCAGUAUGUUGGUGACAUUUUUUAAAUUACUAUUUUGUGUAUUUUUUUAUUUAAACAUUUUUCAAAUGUGUCACAUAAGAUUGUAAUUGUAUAUAUUUCCAUCAUCAGACAUUAUGUGCCUUGUUUAUUUUUGAAUAGUAUGUUAAGCAUCUCACUUUCAUCUAUGUUACAUGUUGUUGCCUAUUUUGACAGUUCAUAAAUUGAGGUCAAUAACAUUCCAGCUGCUCCUAUUUGUUGUAAAAAUUAAAAGCCUUUACAUUCCAUGAGUUAUCAUUUUAGGUAUGUACAUUUUUUUGUACAAUUUUUAAUGUGUCAAUUUCUUGGCAUGUAAAAGCUUUAGUAAGAAUCUGUUGUAUAAAGUUAAGAAUUUGGUCAGUGUGCUAGAGUAAGUCAGUGUGUAAGAAGGUAGAGUAAAUUUUUGUUGCAGAGAUAAAGUUAAAGUAAAACAUGAGUAUAUAAAGUUUAUGUUUGAUUAUGUAUGACUUUAGGCAUGAUAUAAUACUGGUACAAGAACAAAAUUGAUUUUAAGCUACAUGAAUAAAGUAACAGUCAUAUAUAUAAUUAAAUAAAUUUUUUGAGUGUUUCAUUGCUUGUGCCUAUAAAAAUGGACUUUCGGAAGAUCAAUUUUUUUACCUCAUUAAAAAUUGUAUGCCACCCAUCAUAGUCAUAGAAUAUAUUCUGCAAAAGAAUUAAAGACAACAUGAGCUAGAUAUUUUAGCUCUCAGGUAUCACUUGUUUCUUGAUUUGACUUUGUACUCACCCUUCACACAAUGCUUUUGUAAACAUUAAAAAAGUUAUUUCUAAUAAUUGGCUUUUUUUCUAAAAAUAUAUACAUGUUUACUCUUGUCACCCCUGUGUAGUAUAAGCAAAGAGAAUGGUAAUGAAUAUGUCGAUCUUGUUGCAGUUUAGAAUACUUAGAUUAUACAAACAUGCCACUUUCUCUUAAUAAUGUGGUCAGUUAGGCAUAAAAACUCCAACCUCCAAGUCUAAUACUGGUAUCUAUGCAUACAGCACAUUUUAAAUAAUGUAAAAAAAGAAGAAAAAAAUAUGAUUGGCCUCGUCCAAUUUAAGUUUUUAGGUAAAUCCCUUUAAAUUUAAACCUUUACCUUGCUUUGUGGUAAGAAAAUGUCAUUUAAAAGAGGAAAACAUAUCUUUAUGGUACCGGUAACAUUUUAAAUUUUAAGUGCUUUUAACAUAAUGAAGGUAACCAUAUUACUACACAAUGUGCCAUGUUAAUUCCAUACUAGUCACAACACAAUUUCUAUCUGUUGUGUUAUGUCUUUAACUUAAAUGGCUUUAGGUUACCAGGUAUGUGGAAGAACACAAAAGUAAUAUAUAUGUCUAGAGGGAAGACCAGCAAAUUUCUCAUUUAUUUUCUUUGCGUUAUUUUUUUUUACCCCACUAGAAUCGUGCCAUGUUGCUAUUGGCGCAGACAUAGUUUACCGGGGUAUUAACAUUCAUCUUCAAUGUAUGACAAAUGUUAAUUAUUUUGCAAUCAACAUUUAAGAUCACAACUUAAACUUAACUGUCAACUCUCCUAUGAUCAUCAGUCAAAAGUGGCAGGAUUUGGUGACAUGAUAUUUUCACUUCUGAUUUGAUGGUCCGUUUUGGUCUGAUAGAUUAUUGCAAAUACACUGGUAGACUUGACAGCAUUAACCACUACCAUUAGUGAUCCCAUGAGCCUUGGUUGUAAUAGUAAUAUGCAACAUAAUGAUAAAUGUAGCAGAGAGCCACUAAAAUUUUGAGAUGGGGAAAAAAGUUGUACAACCAUUUCAUAGCAACAAUAGUUUGACAAUGAAAUAUACAUUAAAGUCUUGAUAAAAAGCUUCAAUGAAAUUACCUGAAGUGAAGUGCUUCCACCAUGCCAGUACCGGUACUUAAAAUUUUGGCAGACUAGUGAUCAAGUUUCCCAUUCCACUAGGGAUCCGAGCCAGAUUUAUAACUUAUUUCUUUCUUGCUUAAAUUACUUCAAAUAUGUUAUAAAAUAUUAUUUAGUCAUUGAGCGGCCAAUUUGAUAUUACCAUUUAUAACAAGCUGUAAUAAUUUGUUGCUUGUUUUGGCUGUAAAUAAGAACAUCAUUUUAAAUUUUUUUCUGGUAAAGGGGAAUAUUAAACAUGUUUGAAGAAAAAAUCCUUAGACUAUGAUUACUAUAUGAAGGGGUUCACAAGAUAUUUUCAUUUUUAUACACACGAAAAAACUUUUUUUAAAAGGUGUCUUUGAAACAAGGAAUUCAGUUGAACAGGAAAGAUGUAACAUUUUCCAGUUUCUUGACUCAUGUUUUGCAGACUGUCAACAUAAGGCUUGCACUUGCAGCCUAGUGCUGAUCUGCUGAUUACCAAAGCUCAUUACCUUUAGUAGACCUUGUAAACUUGGGCAUAAAAAUUUGCUAUCAUAUUAUUUAAUUUUGUUUUACAAGGAAGCUUCGGCUUGUAUACUAUAGUUACAUUAAAAAGUUGAUUAUGUUUGUCCAAACAGCAAAGGCAAUUUAAUGGCAUCAACUACAUCAUGGAGGAAUCUAUUACGGGAGACUUUGCUCUUGUCAAGGCCUGGAAGUCAGACAAGUCAGGCAAUCUUACAUUCAGGUAAUAAUAAUACUAAUAUAGAAGCCUAACUAUCAAUUACUUCAUGCAACAAGUUUAAGUCUACAAAUACAAUCUGCCUGAACAGGUGCCUUCUCUACAGUUUGUAAAAUACACAAACAAUUUCUAUAGAUCAACAUUAUAAUUAGUAAGUCCCCUGCAACAACCCAGAAAGAAAAGGUUUGUGAAAUUUAAGUGUGUAACGAAAUAGAAAAAGAUAGAGCAGUUUAUAUGUUGUGGAGAGUAUCUGAUAUAUCUAAAAUUACUAAAAUGGAUAAUCUAAAAAUUCUUUAAUGAAAUACUGUUUAAUUUAAUACUGACAUGCAUAACAAAAAUAAAUAAAUAAAAUAUAUGCUGAUCCACAGUGUUAAAACUAUCUUAUUUUCAUGUUUGUUGAAUUGGAUUCAUGGUCUGGUAGCAAAUGUCAAAGACAAGCUUAGAUCAAACCUCUCCCAGUACUAUUGAUUGCAGUUAAAAGAGCCUUAAAAUGUUACUUCUAUUUAUACUAAAAACCUGCAUAGUUAUUUAAAUUAAUCACUUGAUAAAAAAUGAUACAGGUACCCUUUUUUUUUUUCAUGUAUUUUAAUGACUGAUAAUUUUUAAUACACCAAAAUAAGAGUAAAACCUCUAAAAUUUACAAGAAUGUGAGAUUUAUGUAAAUUAAGUUUCAUUAUAAAUAUAUAUGGAUUUCCUUAAUCUCUCUGUCAAAUAAAAUAUAUUUUACAAUGGUAAUAACUUGGCAAGCCAAGCUGGCUAGUGUACUUAACAGUUAAGGUGGAUUUCAGCUAGGGCCUAGACUAGCUUAUCAAGUUUUAUUUGAAAUGAGCUUAGCAUUUAAUUGAGAGGCAAGAAACUUCUUUAUUUUUUAUUAUGGUAUGUACUUUUAAUCAGAUUUAUUUAAAGUAUGGUAAAUAUUACUAAUUAAUAUGAUUUUUUUUAAAGCUGAAUAAAUCUUGUACUUGACAGAAUGCUUUUGUGACCACUGAUGCUAAUGUAAUACAGUACAUUGUGUGGAUAAAUAUGUAUAUUUAUCUACUUUGUGGUUCAUGUUAUUCUCUAUUUUGAAAGAUUUUAUUGAUCGUCUCAUAUUUGUUGCUCACAUUCAGUCUUUUGUCCCACUGACUUACAGGAAAACUGCCCGCAAUUUCAACCCUCCUAUGUGCAAAGCUGGACGUGUGACCAUUGCUGAGGUGGAGGAGAUUGUGGAGGAUGGUGAAAUCCCCCAGGAAGAUGUACAUGUGCCUCACAUCUAUGUUCAAAGAGUCAUUAAGGGAGCCAAGUAUGAAAAGAGAAUUGAGGUUAGUGGUUAAUUGCCAUCUCCAAUGAAAGCUGAGAUGACCCAUAUUAUUAAUAUAGCGAAAAGUAUAACCAAUUACAGAGAUAGCACAGCCCAUGUGACACUUUUUUCCUUAUAUGGAGGGGCAGAAUUUUUUUCACCAACAACAGAGUUUUUUUUGUAGGAUGUUGGCAGCAAAAAUCUAGGCCCACCUCGGGAGACACUUUCCCUAGCUAAGCCACUGACAGCCAAAUUACGCUAGGUAAAAUAAUAUCAUAACCCUAAAAAGUCUGUACCAUUUUUUAAAUCUUGGAAUAAUUUGUAAUUUGUAGUUGUUUUAUUGUAGUUUUUUUUUAUUCAACUACCUGUAUUUAUUUUGUUGAUAAUACAGCGCCUCACAUUAACUAAACCACAAACCAAAGAUGCACCACCCAAUCCUGCUCAAUUGAUGAGAGAGAGAAUUGUGAAAAGAGCAGCUCUGGAAUUUAAGGAUGGCAUGUAUGGUAUCCUUUUCAUGAACACAUAAAAAAAACUUCCUGGAAACAGUCUUAAUUUAAUUGAUAAUUAAGAAGUCUCCUACUAUUCCAGUUAAGAGAGAGAGAAGUGUAACACUGUAUGGAAACGUAGUUAUUUAUUUGUAAAAAUUGUCAUAAUGCUGUGCAAAUGCGAUAGCUAUUUAACUCACUAGAUGAUUUUAUUUAUCUUGUUAGUCAAUGUAAAUUUAGCAUCAAACAUCAAUAGAACUAAUAAUUUGAACAAGCAAAAAGUAACUUGUUGCCAAAGUGCAUUCUGAUUGUAACACUGAAAAACAAUAUGGGUUUAAAAAAAUGAGUACAAAAAUACACAAAGCCAUAUCUAUUUGUAAGGUAGGUAUUCUAAAACUUUUGUUAGUAGGCCCCAUUUUUUUAAAAAAUGCAUGGGAAAACCCAUUAUUUCAAGAAAUUCCUGUUUUGCCCAUAUACUGAUCAAACUUUCUGUGUCCUUUUUGAACUGGUGGGUGCACAUAAUUUUUGAAACAAUGUGUGUAAAAAGACCAUAAUCCAUUUGAGACGUGUUCAUUUCUUAACUGACAUGUAAGUAAACUUGGGUAUUGGUAUGCCCAUGUUGGCAAGCAACUAUAUCAAACCAGGCGUCGCUGUUCACCUGCACAGUGAAAAUGGUAUACUGGGAUUGGUGAGUACUCCACUGAUACUGUGUUACUACUUUCCUUUUUAACUACGGUACAAAAUAUGUAUCUCCUACACUACAAAUUUCAUUGAACAAGUAACUUGUUGAAUAUUUUACUCAACAUUAUCAGUAACAUCAGAUCAGCUCCUAAAAACUUAAAGUAACUUAUUUAUUUAUAUAAAUUAUUCAAAGAAAAAAUUUAAUUAUUACCUUUAAUUUUAACAAACAUUGCACAUGGAAAUAAUUUUUUUUUUUUUAAACAAACGUUACACGACUUAUAGGAUUGACUUGUGUAAUGUUUUCUAUAGGGUCCCUUCCCUAAGCCCGGAGAAGAAGAUCCUGAUCUCAUCAAUGCUGGCAAAGAGACAGUGACAAGUAUUAAAGGCAGCUCUUUCUUUUCAUCUGAUGAGUCAUUUGCAAUGAUUCGAGGGUAUGCUCUGGAUUAUCUUACAGUGGUUCCCAACCUUUUAACGCCUGGGGCCCUUUUAAGAAUCAUUUUCUAUGGGGGAGCCCCUUAGGCAGACACUCAGUUAAUUUGUUACAUUUUUACAAGUUAAUUUUGUUUCUGUGUUCCCUUGAGCAGCGGUGGAGCAUAGGAGAAAUGCUUGUGAAGCCUUUAGGGCCUCCUGCGUUGCACAAGUUGGGAACUGGUGAUCUAAAACUUCGUAUUUCACACCAGAUUUAUAAAAAUGAGUGCGAAAAUGAUUGUCAUUAUAACAUUUAUUAAAAUACUGUCAUGAUAGAAUUAACUAAUUUUUAAUUAAUCUUUUUAGUGGACAUGUGCAGCUGACAAUAUUAGGAGCCAUGCAGGUGUCUCAGUAUGGAGAUUUAGCCAACUGGAUGAUUCCGGUGAGAAUUGUUGAAUAGUUCUAGACUUUUUGAUAGAACAUUGCCACCUAAUUCUUAAUGUCAAGAGCAUUAAUUUAACAAGAUGAUAGACACCUUUAGGUCAUAUUAUUGACAUUUGUUAUAAUUAAACAUAUUGAAAUUGACUAUUUAAAUAAUUUUACUUAUCAAAGCUAAUUUAUUUUAUUGCGAGUUCAAAAUGAUUUUGGAAACAUGUUGGGGGAUGGGGACUGCAGCUGGUGUCACAAUUAGAACAGGUGUCCCCUAUCACAGUGAACAUUUUUAAAUGAUAAAAGGAAUGAUUAAUUUAUUAUUGAAAUGUUGACUUAACCAAUAAGAUAACAUAGGUCAAGCGUAUGGUCUCACUACCCCUAACAAUGCCCUUGUUCAAAAGCAAAUGAUCAAAGUCAGUUUUAUUAUGGUACUCUUGUUAUAACUCUGUACCAAAUGAUGUUUUCUCUAGGGUAAAAUGGUCAAAGGUAUGGGUGGAGCCAUGGAUUUAGUUUCUGGCAGCAGCACAAAGGUCAUCAUCACAAUGGAACACACUGCCAAGGUCAGAAAGUGCAUUUUUUAAAGUUACUAUUAAAUUCAAAAUCAAUAGUUUUUUUGUAUGCUCUUGACUUGACAAGGGCAAUACAUGUCUUAAUCUGAAAAUAGUUUUCAUUAGAAUUUUUUUUUUUUUUUUCAAGUUGAUUUGUUUUUAGCCCCUUUCUACAUCUGGCUGUGAAUGAACCAAGAAAUAUGAUGUGUUGGGGACGAUUAGUAAUUAUAUUAUGUGCGCACUGGGUGUGAAAAUUUGCGAAGUGGGAGUAGUCUUGACUUGGGAGCGUAUGGGUGUGCAUUGGAUGGGGUAGGGGAAGGUGUCUAAAUAUUUUUAAAGGAUUUUAAAUAACACCGCCUAUGCUCAUAAUCAUGGUGAUUGAUCGUUAUUUUGUGGCUUUGUGGUUUCAUAAUGAACUCGCUAGAGAUAGCAAAAAUAAUAUGAGCAUAUUUGCCAUAGUGAGAAAUUAAGUGCUGCUGUGAAAAAGUAUUGCACGAUUUUGGAAGUUCCUAGGUAACCAGGUCUGCAUACUAUUUCUUCUCAUCUGAUAAGUCACAAAAUCAAUUUAUAAUUGUGUUAGUCUUCAAAGUUAAAUGAUUCAUAUAGAUAAAUAAAAUGUGUUGGAUAAAUUAACUGGUUUGGGACACUGACUCCCUGACUAAGACUUCAACAAACUCCAUAAUUUUACAUAGCUGCAAUAUUAUUUACUAUUGUUAAUCAAUACAAUUCCAUUCAUCACUUUCACGAUUCAUUGAAGUUGAAAUCUAGAUUUGCUUCUUGUAUAUUUUAUUCAAAGGGUGGCAAGCACAAGAUUCUCAAGGAAUGUAAUCUCCCACUUACUGGCAAAGGUUGUGUUGAUAUGAUCAUCACAGACUUGGUAAGGGGUCGUAAACAUUUUAGCAAUGUUAUCGUACCAAUCUCAGGACUUCGUUCCUAGUUCACACAGUUUUGAUUUUUAUACUCUUAUUGUAUCAGGAAAAGUCAUAAUCUCACCUCACUGUACUGACAAAGGGUGAGAUAAGUAAAUCAUCCACUUUUAGUUGGACCAUUCUCUUAUCACACACUUCCAUUAACAAAAAUUUAAAAUUCAUGUUUUUGUUAAAUGCAGGGAGUCUUUGAAUUAUCUCAAGAUAAAGGGCUAACCAUGACUGAAAUUGGUGAUGGUGUGAGCGUUGAAGAUGUGAAGAAAGCAACUGGCUGUGAAGUAAAUGUAAGUCACCUGAUAUCUGGUGUUAUUUUUUAAAGCUGUAGUUUUAUUAUUUAAAGCAGUUAAAAGAAAAUGAAUGUACCACAUUCCAAAGUAAGAUAAUUGUACAUUAACCUCUUGACUUUUAAGUACAGGGUCACCUACCCCUUCUCUUCUUUUUUUACUUUCGUUGAACAUCUUUGAGGUACAAUUCAUAACACUAUAUCUUUUGUAAAAUGUGUUACCUAUCAAAAAUAUAUUUACGCUAAUAAAGGUUUCUAUGCUUAUUGAAUAGUGUACUCAAAUUUUAUAAAUUUCUGUUGAAUUUUUUUGAUGAUUACUGUUAUGGCUAUCUCGAAGGUUAAUUAAUGUUUACCUUUGAGGACAUCUAUUUUAUAAAAAAUCCUUUUUUUUCCUCCAGGUCUCGCCUAACCUCAGGCCAAUGCAGAGUAUCUAAAAAGUACUGCCCUGAAAAUAUGUUGAUCCUGUGUAAACUAAUAUUCCUGAUGCAAGCAGUUAGCUUAGUGCUGCAAGACUAUGACGAUGACAGUAACUCUGGCUAAAACUGUUUAAAAACUAAAACAUGACUCUUAGUUUUUAAACAUAUGAAACAUGACCCUUAGUUUUUAAACAUAUGUGUAUCAAAUAUAAGGGACACAGAUCCUUGAACAAAAAUAUUGAAUUACUUUAAAUGAAUAUUUUCUCACUGACCAUACAUUUUAAAUUUCAAACUUUGAGAAUGAUAUUAAAAAAAAAUUUCUGAUUAAAACAAACAUUUUUUAAAUGUAAUUUUGUAGACAUUAAUGUGAGGCACAAAAUUUUGGCACAAUGUUUCUACAAAAAAUUGAUAUUUUGAUGAUCAAAAAAUGCAAUUUUUUAUUUUUAUUUAAGCUGUUUUGCUUUCAAUAAAAAAUUUGUUUCAGUUUCAUGUCAAAAUCAAUGAAAGAUAAUUACUGUGUUUCAAUUCAUUGUUCAAACUGAGUAAAUUAUUCCUCGCCCAGUCAAAUCCAACAAGUGUUUAAUGUUACAAAUAUUUUAAAAGAUAGCUCAUUCCUACUAUCAGGAGGUUUGUGAUAUUUUUAUUAGGGUUUUCUAUUAUGUAUAAAUUAAAUUUAAUAAGUGAGCUUUUCCAUGUCGAAAUUGAAGUGACAGUUUAUUGGCUGGGUUGAUUUUUAUGUUUGUUGAUUUUAUAACAUAAAAUUUUUAAAAGUGAUGUUUUUUUUGUUGGUUGGCAUGUUUAUAUGCAAACAAACUUUUAGGAAUGCAGUGUGUGCUCUGAUUAACUUGUAAAAUGCAAUAAGUUCAAAUGUAUAAAAUUAUUUAUAUAAUAAGAUUUUUAGAUGUUAAAUAAAUGACCAGUGAAUCUAAGACUAAGAAUAUUACUUAACAUUUUAUGAAUGAACAUGAUUUUUUUUUUUUAAGUUGUUAAUGAAUGCCCUUGUUACAAAAGUUAUUGGAAACAUGUUUUCUUGUUUAAUUAAUCUAAAUAAAAUUUCCAAGCUUUGUGAUUGAGAGUGGAUACAUUUGAUAAACUUAAUUAACUAACUUACUGGUUUGAAUGUAGUCUGUAUUCCUUAAAAUUUCAGCAUUUUUUGUUUUGUUUUACAACCAUGCAAGACAUUUUCCCUAGCUAUAGAGUGAUUGUGAUGAAAGAGCCAAGUACUCACUCCCAUCACACUGGUAGUUCCACAAGUCUUGCCAUAGCUGUUACCUUUAUAUCAUUGUUUUGACAGUGAGAAGAGGUUAGAAGUGAAUUGUCAUCAUGGGAAUGAAACAUGUUUACAGUGGUUCUUGGUCCUUUUGAUUUCAUAGAUCAUGCUUUAUAUUAUCCCUGUGACACCAUAACUUAAAAUACAUUUUGAUACUUUUUUUUCCCCCAUAACGUAUUGUAUCUCAUAGAUAGUCUAAUAAAUUGAUGGUACUAGUACUAGUAAUAUAUCUCAUAGAAUUUGUAUCUCAUAGUAAAAUAACAAAUUUGAUAGUCAUGGUAAUGUAUCUCAUAGUCAAAUAGGAAAUUGAUGGUCAUAGUAUUGGAUACCAUAGUUGGUCUAAUAACAAAUUGAUGGCCUUAUGUUAUCAAUCUACAUCACCAGUUCAGUUAGAGUGUUUCUCAGCUCUCUACCAUUGCUACUUAGUUAAUCAAAUGUCAGAAGGAUUUCUUAUAUAUAAAUGUAUAAUAGAAAAAAUGACCAUGUUUGAUAAAUUUAUAAAGGUGACUUUAAAUGCAUCUACUUCUCAACUGCAUGUACCAGUACUUUAAAAAAAAUUUGUCUAUGAAAAUGUACUUUAUGGAUGCAGCUCUGCCAUAUAUAGCAUAAUAAUUGCAUUGUGUUAUGUUCUGAUGUAUGACUAACUUGAAUCACAUUUACUUUAACUGAAAUAAUUUUAUUCUUGUGGCCACCGGUGACAGGCAACAAUCAUGCAUUUAUGUCGGCAAGUAGUUGCUAGUACUUUCAACCAUGUGCUUAGAUAUAUCAUCUGUUCAAUAAACCACAUUACCAAAAACUAAAGCAACUAAUGCAUGUUCACUACUAAAUUUUACAUUGUCAAAGGAAUCAAAAAAUAUUUAUUCUAGUCUCCAAAACUACUUUAAAGUUUGCUGUAUCACCAUAUUCUGCUGGAUAACCAUCCUAAUCCUAACUUGUUGUGGGUCGAAAAUGUUAAUGCUUAAACCAAUAUAUUUUGAAUGCCGAGUGCAAUGUAACAUGUUUGAAUCUGUAGCCUGGUGAUGUUAAACUGCUCACGUGUGCCAUGUUUACAAUAAACUUGUAUAACCAGAUCAA